UAGUCAAAACUAAAAACCAGUUAUAAACAUGGAAGACUACAAAACCCACGUGUUAUCGUGUUUAAUGAUAGAUAAGGAUGGUGAUGUACCUUUUAUGGACGUUAUUCCAAUUGUCAAAGAACACCAAUUAUUUAGUGGAAAGAAGAUGUCUUCACUGGAUGGUGUGGUUAAAUCUAUUCACAGUCAUUUGGGCUCAUCUAAAAGCAGAAAGUUGGGUCUUGGACUCCUGAAAGAAUUUGUUGGCCAGUGUUCGACAGAUCUGUUUCUCAGUCACGUUAACACAUGGAUUAAUCUGCUACUGCAGACAUUACAGUCACAUGAUUCGGAUGUCUGCCAUCAGGCUGUGUGUUAUGUUUUGUCAGAUAUUCUGGAAACAUCGUCAUGUUUUCCCGAACUGUCAAGAGAUAUCUCAAACUCCACUGUUCCACAGAUCUUUCCACUGUUGCUGGAAGCGAAUAUGAAUUGGAGAGAGGCAGCACUGUCUUGUAUUGGUGUGUGUAUUAAGAAUUUCCCCGGGCCAUGUGGCACAUUCAAGAACAAGUUGGAAUCGCUGAUUUGGCAAGAAUUGUCUGAGAACUCGACCACACAGAGUGUCAUCUCGUGUUUUGCCCUUCUACCGAGAUGUGGUGGCGGAGGCAGCCAGGGAGUGAAAUUCACAGAGAGUUGGACCGAACAGUGCAGCAAAGUGUUGUCCGGUCUCAACCAGGCACUAGACCUACUGUACGAAGGUUUAGAGACAGGUUCUGAAUAUCACCCAGCUGACAGACUACCACAGAUGUCCUGUCCUGAUUCAGAACCCGCGAGAGGCAAAUACUUGACGGGACAUUUUCAAACACUUGCACUGUGCUUAGAGGCCCUCUUAAGUGAGUCGUUCCCUACAGUGGUGAAGGUACCAGUGGAAAGUGUUCUACACAUAGUGUGUCGGUGUUUGGCAGUCAAUAAGAACGUGAUGCUGUCAAGGCCGUCCACGUCCAGGAUCUGGUUGUUGGCUCGACUCCCGUUCCUGCAGCGCCAGGCUCUGACUGUUCUCGCCAGUCUCAUCCGCAGUGUGAGGCAUGGUCUUCUCCCCCACAGUGACGUCAUCAACAAACUGUUUCUACAGACGUUGUUCUCAACUCACUGGGACUCGGCCACUUACGGUCAAGAAUGUCCGUUACGAUUUGUGCGACAGUCUGCAUAUUCUGGUCUGUUGCUAUGGCUACAGGUGGCAGGUUAUGGGACCAAUUUGAUACUGGAGGGAAACGAUUUGGCCAAAGAACUUCUUCAUGAUAUUGUUCCUGUUACAGACACAGUGAGACUGGAUGUAAAGAAGAGAGAUGUUAAUGAUGGCCCACCUGUUAAGAAGAAGAAGAAAGGUGGGGGGUACCAGGAGCUGGGUGGGGGAAUCGGCUCACAGAAGAAGAUGAAUCGUUUUGCCACUGCUGACCUCACAGUGAUAGCACUCGAUGUGCUUGCUGCCCUUGUUGAGUGUUUUGGGCCAUCAUGGAAACCAAAGACAUAUAAGGAUAUUCUUCAGAGCCUCAUCGCUACAACUAUAUCGGUACAACAGAGCUCGGAGCCACCAGUUCCAUACCAGUCGGGCACGUGCAGACUGGCACUCUACACGGCCCUUUUGUCGUGUACAGUCACAGUUCACUCGGAUGUCCCAUCACCUGUACAGAUCACCAUGGGACUGUUUAGACGGAGCUUGCAAGACCAUUGCUUAGAGGUCUCUACAUUCUCCAAGAGAGCCAUGUUAUUCUGUGAAUGUAUUAUCCACCCUAGAGCCCCGUGCGUCCGCGGUCCAUCCUUGAUUCAGUGCAAUAUCAUUGUUGAGACUCCACAGAAGAAUAGUGGAGAUAUUACCUCUGUCCAGACCGAUCACUUCCAGGAGUCUCUGGUUUUGUCACGCCACCACGUAGGUGCUAUGGAUACACACGGUGAACCACAGACAAAUGGAAUCGGUUCUGUAGACCAUGGCGGUGAUGGCAGUGGCGGCGGUGAUAUGCAAGAUGUGGAAACGUCACGUUCCCGUGGCGAUAGUAAGAUAAUUAAUUUGAAGGAUUUUAAAGGAGUUGCUACACAGACUGAGAACAGACGCUGUAGUCAUGAGGAGGAUGAUCAGGAUGAUGAUGAUGAUGAUGAUGAUGAUGUCGUCGAUGUUACCUCUGCGACAGAUGAGUGUCAGAAGUCGGAGACGGAGAGACAGAGCGACGUAGUGAUGGAUACAGAUAACGCUGAAGUGAUGACAGCUAGGAGCUCUAAUGAGAAAGAGUCUCACAGUGAAAGCCUGUCAGAAGCACCACACUUGAAAACAGGAGAGGAACAGAGACAGAAAGAUGGAGAAAUUAAUUCGACCAUUUCCAUAACUACUGCAACCCAGCAAGUGACACUAGGAGUAGAAUCAACUUCAUCGCUGUGUGACGAGCGAACCGAGUCCCAGCAGGACACGUCUGCUGACCAGAGUUUCACGUCUGCUCAGUCCCAGACUCCAGACAUUCACAGUGUACCUUCUGCAUUGACAUCGUCCGAUAAUCAGCCAUCGGCUGAAGUGGAAGCAAUGCUGUUGAGUUUCGUGGAUGCAGACCCGGAUUCAGAAUAAACAGACUUGAGAUCCCAAACAACAGCACAUUUCUAAACGGACUUGAGAUCCCAAACAACAGCACAUUUCUAAACAGACUUGUUGACACAAUGUUAAUGGACUGUCCAGUUUGUAGCCAUUAAAACGGACAGUGGAUUAAUCUACGUAUUUGUAACACAUCCGAGUAAUAAAACGUAUAAAAAUAA